CUGCUCAGGAUUAUGCAUAUGCGUAUAUUGCAUUGUCAGCUCACCUUCUUCGUCUCUUCUUUCCAGUGUGCUGCAGUUGGCAUAUGUAUGUGGUAUUGUCAUAAAUUCAUGCCACGUAAGGGUGUUAGCAUGCAUGCUGAACCAACAACAGUUGAUCUUGUCACAGAAUCCUUGUUGUUCCUAGAGUAUCAAUAUCACAACUGGCAUCUCAGGGGACUGGCAUCCAACUGGCAUAUGCCAUAA